GUGGAGUGAAGGUCGCUGUGUCGCGUGUGAGUUUCCCUCUGGCCAGAUUGUGCUCCGCAGGUCCCAGCUCCUCCCUGUCAGGCUCUGGGUUCUUAAGGACGUUCUGGUCCCCUCUCUGUCCCCUGCGCUUCGGUAAAUUCGGACGGCGCUGUGAGGGCGUCGUGGGCCCUGUGGGCAGAGGCGCUUAAAGGCCGGACCUGUCCGUCCCGCCAGGGCCGAGGACGCCUCCCCCCGCGCCCGCGUCGCCCGCUGCCCUCUUCGAGGCCGGCGCUGUCCUCCUCACCGCUGGCUUCGCUUGCGCCUCCCUUCCUGGGGCUACGGGGCUGCAUCGCUCCCCUGGCAUCACCUUGAAGUCUCCCCGCCGGGCCAGGGGAGGUGACCUGGACCUGUCUUGUGUCCUGAUUCUUGCAUCUCAGAAGGAGCUGAGUUCCUCCAGGGGCGGCUUCCCAUUCUCCCUGUGAGAAGCGGGAAAAGGGUCAGGAGAGAGAGACCCAGAAACAGGUGGCAAAGUAGGGAAUGGCUGAGGGACUCCCACGGAGUGAAAGAAAAAGCCAACAAAGUAUCAGGGGAGAAAAAUAAAAAGAAGAUAGAAUGUUGAUCCCUCUGGAGAUGAGGGCGGCAGAGUAGGGAGAGGAGCAGGAACAGUGAGGAGCUUAGAGCUGGAGGAGAGGAGAGGUGAUUCACAGCCCUGUCAGACAGCAACGCGAUGUGUUCUGCUUGUAUCUCCUAAGCCCGGUGGUCUGACUGUGACGCUGUGCCUUGCCCUGAACCUCUUCUUGGCAUUACCACAGCCUUUCUGUACAGUCUUUUUCAUUUUUCAUGGUUUUGUCACCAUAACUAUGUCUACGUCUACACUGCAGACUUCCCCCAGGAGCCCUGGAAUCCUAUGUCCUGUAUCACCUCAACUCUGCUGGGACAUCAACAGGUGGCAGGCAUCUCUACCUUCAUCGUCCCCAUGUGACUUCCUGACCUCUGAAGACGGCUUCCUCUGUAGUAGUAUCUUAGGUAGAGGUGACCAUUCUCUUCCUGAGGCUUAGCUAGAUACUGCACGUAUAUUUUAAAUAUAGGCUCUUGGUUCUCUCUCUCAUUGCAGCUCAGUCACCCAUUAGUUGAUGGCAGAUGGCAGAUACCUGCCUUCCCAGGUCGCCUAGUGUCUCCUAGGGUCAUCUUCUAUGACCUUUCCACCUUCUGCUAACUUCCUAAUCACACCCUCCUCCACCUCUGGUCCACGUUGCCUGCUCUGCAGUUUCUUUCUGAUCCUUUCCAGUCCAGUCUGGAUCCUGGGGACAACAAAGCUCCAAAGGGAGAGCUGAGUCAGAAGGUGGGAAGUGGGUUUGGCUUACCCUGCUGGGUGGUGUUCAAGGGAGGAUUCCCAUUGGCAGGCGGAGGGAGGUGUUUUGCAAAGAAGUCUCUUGUGCCAUUCACAUGAUCAGCCUGGGACCCAGCCUUAGUAAUAUUUGAGGUUAAUUUUAUUCUGUGCACAGUGCGGAGCAUCUAGACUGUGCCUUGCAUUUCUGAGAGCUGAGAUCAGUUAGUGCUCCAUGGAGGAAUAAGGAGGAAACGGUAUACAUGGGUUUGGUCAGGGCAGGGACUAUCUCCUGAAAGAGAACUCACUGCUGUCAGUUUCCACACUACUGCUGGGUCUUAGGGCUUUACCAGGGGAAAGCACACUCUGACAAAUAUGGAAGAAGUCUCUGGUUGGACUCAACCAGUGCAGUAGGCAAUCAUUCCACAUGGUGAGGUUCUCUUUUGAAUGUGUGACUGUGCACCUGAAGGGGAAUGUGUUCAUUGUGAGCAUUAAACAGUAUGUUUUCUAUGUUCAAGAUUAACUUUUUUUUUUUUUUUGAAACAGGAUCUCACUAUGCAGUUCCUGGUCACCUUGAACUCAUUUUGUAGCCCAGGCUGGCCUUGAUUCAUCUGCCUCAGGUUCCCAAUUGCUGACAUUACAUGUGUUAGAAUUGUCUUUAGGGGUAGCCUGGAAGAGGAGGCAGAGGAAAACAAAGGAGUCAGAGAUGGCUCUUAUUCAGGAUCUGUUGACAUUCAGGGAUGUGGCCAUAGAAUUCUCCCAGGAGGAAUGGAAAUGCCUGGACCCUGCUCAGAGAACUCUGUACAGGGAGGUGAUGUUGGAGAACUACAUGAACCUGGUCUCCCUAGGAAUCUCUCCUUUUGACCAAAGUGUUUUCUCCAUGUUGGAGCAAGAGGCAGAGCCUUGGAGCAUGGAUGGCCAAGUGAAAGCAUCCAGAAACUCAGACAGAUGGGAAAAUGUCAGAGAUGUGAACACAGAUACUUCUCAAUGUGUCAUCAAGGAAUUUCCACCAAGAAAGAAAAGUGAUACAGAAGAAGUGUUGCAGACAGUAGUGUUCGAAAAAUGUGAAGGCCAACACAUUGAAGAAUUAUGUUUCAAUGAAAUCCAGGAAAAUAUACGUGACUUUAAGACUCACUGGAGAGAGGAUAAAAGGCUUGACACAGUGUUAUGUGGGACUCACAAAGAAAAUCUCACUGAUAGAAAUGAAUAUAGUAGAAGGGAUACAGGAAAGAUACAUACUAAAAAUUGGCAUGGAGUAAACUGUCAGUCACAUCUUCCUAAACAACAGCCAUUUGAAACUGAAAGGAAUAUUAAUCAGUGGAAUUGCACCAAACAGUCUACCAACAGUAAUUCCUCAGUUUCAUCCCACCAAAGAAAUCCUAUUGUUGAAACAAAUACUUUUGAUGAAUAUGAGAAUGAUUUUCUUGAUUCUUUAUUUUUCACACAAGAGCCAGUAAUGUCCGUUAAUACCAAACCAUACAAAUGGAAUCAGUGUAGCAAAUCUUCUAACCAUGGCUCAUGCUUUACUGUGAAUGAGAAUGUCCAUGCUGGAGAGAAUCAGUUUCUUUGUGACAUAUGUGGCAAGGUCUUCAAUCAGAGAUCACACCUUGUAAGUCACUGGAGAAUGCAUACUGGAGAGAAACAUUUCAAAUGUAAUGAAUAUGGCAAAGUCUUUCCUCAAAAUCCACACCUAGCAAAUCAUCAGAGAAACCAUCCUGGAGAAAAACCGUUUCAGUGCAAUAAAUGUGGCAAGGUCUUUAGUCACACUCGCUACCUUGCACAACAUCUGAUAAUUCAUACUGGAGAAAAAUCUUAUAAAUGUAAUGAAUGUGGCAGGGUCUUUACUCGUAAGUCACACCUAGCAAAUCAUCAGGGUAUUCAUUCUGGAGAAAAACCUUUCCAAUGCAAUAAAUGUGACAAGGCUUUUAGUCACAAUCGCUACCUUGUACAACAUCUGACAAUUCAUACUGGAGAAAAGUCUUACAAAUGUGAUGAAUGUGGCAGGGUCUUUAGUCACAGGUCGUACCUGGCAAAUCAUCAGAGAAUCCAUACCGGAGAGAAACCUUAUGAAUGUAAUCAGUGUAGUAAAGUGUUCAGUCACAGGACAUCCCUAGCAAGGCAUCAAAGAAUCCAUACUGGAGAGAAACCUUAUGAAUGUAAUCAGUGUGGUAAAGUGUUCAGUUGUAACUCACACCUUGCAGAACAUCAGAUAAUUCAUACUGGACAGAAACCUUUCAAAUGUAAUGAAUGUGGCAAGGUGUUCAGUCGUAGUUCCCACCUGGCACGUCAUCAUCGCAUUCAUACUGGAGAGAAACCCUACAAAUGUAAUGAAUGUGGAAAGGUCUUCAAUCAGAAUUCAUACCUUAUAUGUCAUCGAAGAAUUCAUACUGGAGAGAAACCUUACAAGUGUAAUGAAUGUAGCAAAGUGUUCAGUCUAAACUCUUCUCUGGCACGUCAUUGGAGAGUUCACAAUAAAGAGAGUGCUUACAAAUGUAAUGAAUGUGGCAAAGCCUUCAAUCAGAUAUCACAUCUUGUAAAUCAUUGUACAAUUCACAGUGGAGAGAAGCCAUACAAAUGCAAUGAAUGUGGGAAAGUAUUCCAUCAGAUUUCACACCUUGACCAGCAUCAAACAGUUCAUGCUACAGACAAACCUUUCAAAUGUAAUCAAUGUGGCAAAGGAUUUAGUCGAAAUUGUUACCUUGCACAGCAUCGACGAAUUCAUACCGGAGAAAAACCUUUCAGGUGUAAUGAAUGUGGCAAGGUCUUCAGUCACAGAUCAUACCUAGCAAAGCACCAGAGAAUCCACACUGGAGAGAAACCUUAUAAAUGUAAUCAUUGUGGGGAAGUAUUUGAUGAAGUUUUACACCUUGCCCAACAUCAAGCAAUUCACAGUGGAGAGGAACCUUUCAAAUGUAAUGACUGUGGCAAGGUAUUUAGUCACAACUGCUACCUUACACGACAUCUAAUAAUUCAUACUGGAGAAAAACCUUUCAAAUGUAAUGAAUGUGGUAAGGUCUUCAGGCAGAAGUCAUACUUAACAAGUCAUCAGAGAAUCCAUACUGGAGAGAAACCUUACAAAUGCAACGAAUGUGCCAGCGUUUUCAGGUAUAGGUCAUCCCUAGCAAAGCAUCAAAGUAUCCAUACUGGAGAGAAACCUUAAAAAUGUAACAAAUUUGAUAUUUUGUGUACCACAACCUCCAGGAGGAAAAAGUGAGUGUAGCAAAGCUGUUCGUGUGUGUUUAAGCCUAAGCAUGUAAUCCAUACUGGAAAAAAAUAAGGCUGUCUUCUGUGACAGCUCUUAACUUGGAAUUCAUUGGAGACUACUGAGGAAUCCUGGAGACAGAUGAGGAAUGCAGCAGAAAUCUUGUCUGUUUUUGAACCUUAGAAAACACUGGACAGUUCCUGCUGGAAAGAUAAUUUUCAUGUGUAGUAAGACAAACCUUGAGUUAUCAUUUAAGGCUGCUAACCAUAAGCUAAUUCACAGUGGAGAGAAACCUUACUGAUGUAUUGGGUAAAACAGUUUGUUAAAGUGAAAAUCUGACAUUACUAUGCAGCUGAAAAUUCAAACUGGAGAGAAACCUCACAAAUGGAAUGAGAGUGGUAAAUCUUACAGUACUCACUCAGUCCUUAAUACCUAUCAGAAAAUAUAUCCUCAAACCUUAAAAAGUGUAAUCAGUUUGGAAAAAUAAGGCACACACUUCCAUACACAUCAGAUAACCUACACUGCAGUAAAACCAUGGAAAUGUGAUGAAUGAUGAUCAUGUAAGUCUUGCCAGGCCUGACUGUCCCAGCCCCCUACUUGUUAGCAGAAGCAGUACUGUCUGCAAGGAACUCGGCUGAGUGCCAGAGAUUAUCGUCCACAAGUACAGAUAAGGAGAUGAUGUAGGACAACAGAUUUUGCAGGUUCUGGGGAUAUCAGGAGAUACCCAAAAUUUUACAUCGUACACUUCAAAGGACUGCCCAGAGGUGCAAGAUUGCCAGAAAACUUUAACCACAGAUGUUCAUUGGGAACCUUUUUCCUAAUGCCCCCUGCCUUCUUCCACCCCUAUAGAAGGGACACACUUCUUUUUUCAGAACAAGUCUUCUCAUGCCCUUUCCCUGAACCCAGGCACGGUGAAUUUCGUAUCAUACUGUUUUUGCUCAAGCCUGAUCUCUUCUGCUUACAUGUUAUGUUUUGGUGCCAAGACCCCGGAAAGGAGACAAACUGUCUUUGAAAGGCGUUCUUUUGGAGCUGUACUCCAGCUAAGGCCAUCUGGUGGUAUCCUUAGACCACACUUCCUUCAGCUCUUGCUGCUUCUGCCAUGCCAGAUCUCACUGGGUGUUUCGUAUCAGGUAAGCUCCCCAGUCUCCUUUUUCUUCCUAACUCUGCCUCCAAGAUGAUCUAAACCCAGGUAGCUCCCCAGCUCGUGUCAUGCUGACUGCUUCAGAUCUGGUAAGCUCAUUGCCCUUCUGGGCAUUAUGUGCUCUGCACCUUUGAGAGUUCCCCCUUCACAUGCAUGUGCAAUCCUUCCUCUCUGCUGUUGACUGCUUUGCAGCUCUCUUGUCUCUCAUCCCUUGGGGCAAAAAAAAAAAAAAAAAAAAAAAAAAAAAAAAAAAAAUUCUUCUGUGCCCUGAAAACUAGCCAACAGUCCCCUAUGAAGCUGGUUCCCCCUGGUGGUUGACUGCAGUGACACCUGUUCUUGGUCUCUCACCCAUGUCCCCUGAUGGCCUUGGCUUUAACUGAAGACAUUCAGUAUAGGUUCUGCAGCUGCUCAUUUUGCCACACCAGGUGUGACAAUAACCUGUCUCUGCUUAUGAUGGAAAAUUCUCUUUUCCUUCUCCCAAACCUCUUUAUUCUCAAAUAGAAAACUGUCUACCCUCCUGCCUCUGUUAGCCUGCCUUCUGCAAAAGCUCAAACAUCUCUUUCUCCUGCCUGAUCUGAAGCCCAAAUUGCUCUUGGUGAUAAGAACAUGAUGCCUUUAAUUUUUUCAUAUCAAAUAAUUAACAAGAGAUAAGAGUUCAUUUUUAUUCCUUAAUUGAUAUAUUAGAUAAUCAUAAUUAUUAUUCUUGUUUGUCACUGUGCCAUUUAUAAAUCACUUUAUAAUGUUUCUUUAAAGGAUAUUUUGCUUUUGUGGUCAAGGUUUUAUAUUUUUGUUUUAUAUAUGUUACAUCAAGACUUGAUUAAAUUGUUGUAACUACUGUAGGUUUUAAUCUUAGACAGUAACAAGAUAUAUGUAUAAACCAUGGGACUCUUUUUCACCUGUUAAAUGGCACCCGGUUGGUACCUGUUCUUAAAACUUAGAGAACAUUUCACUGAGAGAUCUCCUCUAUAUAAUAGAGGCCUGAUCCUCCUCUAUAUACUCAAGAGGAAAAGUCGAGCCUAUUCUGCCCGAGUGUCCUUGUGUCCUUCCUGGUCUGAUAUCAUUUCUGAUCUUUUCCUGCCACGUUACACUUUUCCUUUUUAGAGGCAUGUAAGACAUAAAAAAAAAAAAAAAAAAAAAACCCAUGUCAUCUGUCAGUAGGCCCUCCAAAAUAAUAGUUCUUCACUGUAAAAGACAUCGUGACUCUUCUCUCACUUCUAAAUUAAAAUAUAUAUAUAUGUAUAUAUGCAUAUGUGUAUAUAUAUAUAUAUGUAUGAAUGACAAGAUGUACUUCAAAAUCAAUGGCAUUAGUUAUUGUAACAACAUGAAAGAAUACUUGUGCUGUUAUAAAAGCUAAAUGCUGUCUAUACAUUCCUAGUCCUUAUGUCUCUGGCUAUUCACAAUAUUAAAAUGAUCAGUUGGGACCAUAUCAGAUUCUAAAAUUCUCUAGACUUUCUCAUUACCCUCUUUAUAAUAGGCCAUUUUAUUAUACAUUUUCUGUAGCUCUUACUCUCAAAUUUUACUGCAAUUCCAGCGCAGUUGUCUUUUACCUCAGGGAUAAAAUACUUUCACUCCUGCUUGGGUUUACUACAACCCAAAUUCAACUUCCUUCCUCUUACCUACAACCUUUAUCCCAAUUCCUAUGACUGGCAGCUUCACACAAUCCAAAA